AUGGAGGACACGCCUGAACAGGCCGUUGCGCGGGACUCUGCGUGCCUCGAAUUGGCACUCCGCGGCGUCGAGUCUGCGUGGGAGCCGCCGACAAACAUCGACGAGGAAUUCCACUGCCCCCAGGCGGUCCCCAGGCCGGUCCUGGAGGAGCAAGUGCCCGUAGAUACUACGAUAGAGUUCCAGAACAAGGUAGUGAUAUUUGGGACGUCUGCCUGGCCAAAGCGAGACCUUAAGGCACGGUUCGAGUCGCGGGGCCUCGAGCCUUUUAAGGCCCUGAAUAAGCUAACGCUAAGCUCCAUAGUGUCGGGUGCGAAAGUAAUGUAUACAGACAUAGAGGUGUUUAGGACCAUAAACCAGACUUCGAGGACAAAAGCGACAUUCUCUAGCGCGGACACCACGGCGAGCGGCAGCAACGAAGUCCCUCUCAAGCCUCAUCAAGUUACCGACGAGUACGACGCGGAGACGGCCAAGGCGACUGGGCAGAUGGUUGAUUUUAAGACCUGGCUUCGUGCGGUAAAGACGCCAGAGGCGAUAGAGCUGCCACCCGAGGAGGCGUGUCUCGAGAUAGGGCUCCCCGUCUUUCGCCCGAAUCUCCUCCUCACGCCGGUCGCUACCAUAGCACAGGCCUAUGCCGACUUCAAGAAGUUCACUCCUAACGCACGCAUGCAUCUCUUCUACGGUCUCCUCGAUAUGUGCUGGGGGAUGGCGACGCGCGAGCACGCCAAGGACGACGAGCCCAACGCGUGGCGCGGCGAGCUCACGAUAGGCCUGGCCAUAUAUCACCUAUCGUACGACCCUAAGGAGCCGACCACCGCAAUCUUUCUCGAGCGGUGCUACGAUCGCGACGGCAUACGCCUCUGGAUGCUAGACCCGGAGAGCUAUCACGCACUCGGCCAGGAGAUGGACUGGGAGGUCGUCUUCGGACGAUUUGUCACGAAGCAUGCGGCGGCGGGCGCCUCCGCGUCGGGCUACGCGAAGGGGCUAGGCGACCGCCCAGGCGGCUUUGGCAAGCUCAACUUCGGCACACAGCGACUGUUGUUUCUGGGCGCCCACGACACCCACAACAUCACGGCUGUGGCGAACAAGGCGUUGGUAACGGCCCUGGUCGCGCCGGAGGAGACAGCACGCGUCGGCGAGACGGUGCAAUCCACCAUCAAGUGGUUGGCCAAGAACCGAUCUACCUACAAGGUGGAUAUUAUCAAGGUCUUCGCUACCAACCUGAACCACUUAGCGACGACCGAUCUGCUCGCCCUGCUCACUAAGGACGAGGCGCAGAUGUUUAUAGAGAUAUUGCCGCAGUGGGAGGGUGCAAAGGCGAACGCAAAGGCGGCCUACGAAACAGAUAAGACCGUUCGCGACCGCUCGGCCGCGUUUAUCACGGAGGACGACGACGAUAUCGACCCGCACGAAUUCGAGAAGGAUCAGGCCGAGCAGAUAACUAUAGACGAUCCCACGGGCGCAAGGGAGGUCCGCGUCCUAGUUAAGAAGCGCAAGCGCACUAUAGUAGACGAAACCCCUAGUGACCAAGGCUUCGACCCGUCGCACGCUGGCAUCGCCGACGAGGACGACUCCGACCUAUCGCCCAUAGACGAGGAUUUUAACUUAUCGGAGGACGUAUUUAAAUAG